UGUUUCUCGACUCCUGUCCGUUUCGGUGAUUCGGAUAGGAAAAGGCACCGAGCUGCUGCUGCUACAGCCUACAGUACGAGCACUCGUACUUCCCUUUCCCUUUCUUCGCACUCCCUCUAAUCUCUCUUUUCCUCAACCUUCAACCCCCAUCCCCCCCUUCCCCACGGUCAAACCCUAGCAAAUUCAAAGUCGGUCUUUCUCUGCCUCUCUUAAAUCAGAUUCUCAUAUAAUAUUAAUUUUUUUUUCUUUCUCUUUCCUCCCUCAAUCCCUUCACACCGGGCAAAGCGAAGUAAUCUUUCCUCGGGCCCUACUCCCGCCGCGCGCCCUUGCCCUCAUUUGCACCUCCCUUUUCUGCCGUCCCCCUAGUCACACUGGUCAACAACACACUGUUCCUGCAUUGAGCUGCCCUCCCACUGCGCAACCGGCAUCUCACGAGUGAACGAGUCCUGUCUUUGAAAGCACAGCUUCGCACAUUCGUUGCCUGAAUAUCACACCACCACGGGUGGCCGCUCAUCGCCCCUGAGCAACUUUGUUUCAACACCAACCCUAAAUCACACGAUGAAGCAGAUAUCUGCGAUCUUGUUGACUGCUUUGGCAGGAUAUGUUCAUUUGUCCGCUGCCACAGGUGAUGCUAUCUACCACGGGUGUUACAACAGCAGUGGCUCCCUCCAGACGAAGGGGGAUGAUGAUUUUCAGUCGCGAGGAAAAUGUAGGGAAACUUGCGUUAAGCCGCCGGGCUAUUCGGUGGACGAUAGCAAGUGCAAACAAGGAUGCCCUGGUUUUGAGCAGGAAACUUGUGGUACUCGCUUGGGUGACUAUUUCUCGGUUUAUUUGUCUGGAUUGGAGGAGAACCCUGAUCAAGAUCCUGUUUCGUCCUCGUCAUCAAGUUCGCCUACUUCAACAGCAGGAGGUGGAUCUACCACUUCCCACCCCACAGCUACUCCCACCUCGGAUAAGAGCGAAUUCCCACCAUCCCCACCUCCAGAGCCUAAAAAAUCUGUCGACAAAGCUAGCGUUGCUGCUGGGGUAGUUGUGGGUGUGUUGGCGGUGUUGGCGGUUGGGCUGGGACUUUUCUUUUUCAUCAGACGGAGAAAGAGACAGCAAGUCGAGGAGGAGUACAAGAGGUCAGUAGCAGCUAGGGAGUUUGCGAAGAAACCUCAACAGGACCACCGACUCGACCCUGUUAUGAUCCAGAGGAGAGACAGUGUUGGAAGCAUUGCGGAUAAUCAGGACUAUUCGAGGAGAAUUCUGAAGGUCACAAACCCAGACGACAGGUAAAAGUUCUUUAACGGCAAUGAUAAUUGGAGUCGUGGUCCUCAAGUCUUGAGAGACACGGAAUGGUCUGCUCUUUCCUUUGUACCUUUUCUUUAGUCCCAUUGCCUUUUGCUUUAUAUUCAUCUUCUCGGUUGCCUGUCAAUAUCAAUUUCCGCGUUAUAUAACGUUUUCGAAGGUUGUCAUGGGCAUCCGCAAACUGGUGGGUAUGAUCGGAGGCAUUCAAAUCAAUGCGGUUUCCCCUCCUUUUGUUUGGGUGACGGGAUUAGGUGUGAUUGGGGAGCAUUGAGGAGGCCGGAGGUUAAAGGGACAAAGUAGCUGAUCGUGCCAAAACUCUUUUAUUUACUUUGCUUCUUCCGUUCCAUUUUUUCUUUUAUUCUCUUAGCAUUCUCCUUUCUUUGUAUCGUCGGUUUUUCUAUGUUCCCCUCUGUCUUUGGUUCCUGCUUCUACUUGAUGUCGUUAUUUCCUUGUAUUACCUUUAUUUCUUCUUU